GCGCUGGGCCUCUCGACCAUCCGGAGAGCAGGACGCGUGGUGGACGACCUAUCUUUGGAAGACAUCAUCGCCAACUGGCUGGCCGGAGAGGAAAGACAAUGCCAUGACUGGCGCAACUACUUCGAGAAAUACGGCAUCGGCAAAGAUGCUUACCGGGUGAUGCAGUUUGAGGAGAUCCUCGCCGACCCUCGGAAGGCCCUCACAGAGCUGUUUGAGUGGCUGGGUGUGCCGGCAGAAGACUCCGCUCUUCGUUUCAUUCAGGGGAAAGUUAGCAAAGAUGCGAACGAGAAGCACUUCGGGCUUUACUGCGCUCGAAGACCCGGUCUAGGGUUCACAGAGUCUCGGGGGGCCGGAGAUGCGAAGCUCGGCCUUUUGCGGGGAUCUGUGGAGUACUGUGGUGCUAGAUAA